AUAACUGAUAUAUGACUACAACCAAGACCAAAAUAAUCUUGGUUUCAUAUACAGUACCUUCUCUAAUGUUACAUUUUGUUUAUAAAGUAGGGAAGACCGAUUCCAGGAUGAAACGUGAAGCAUUUUUGCAAGUUGUAUCUAAGGAGUCAAUUGAAGACUUCCUGCGUUACACUCACAAUCCUAAAAAUACAUUUGAUCAUUUUGACUUGAAUGAGCUACUUCAAGAAUUGCCAAGAAAGCAAAAAGAAGUGCUAUGGCAGAGACUGACACAGCUAUUGACGGAGAGCUUGAUGAAGAACCCUGUGGAAAUAUGGCACAGGACUGGAGAUGAUAAAAAUGAUGAUGACAUGGAAGUUGAUAUAGUUCCAGAAAUGAAACAAACUGUAGCAGUGAUCGAAGGAGUGGCAGCUGUCGUUAUUGCCUCCAUACCUGCGGUGGAUGAAAAUGUAAACUACAAAGCUCUUGUAGAAUGCGUUUUUAUACUAAACAGUAUUCUUCCUGCAUUACCUGCAUCUGAAAAAAUCCUACAGGAUGCUAUCCAACGUGUGUGUGAAAUGUGGUGGGAGAAGGGACUAGAAGGGAAGGAGCAGCUGGGGAAGACUCUGUUUGUCAUUCUGCUGAGAAAAAGCCUGAAUAAAGCUGCUACGGGUGCAGAUAUAAUUCGUGUAUGGAAUCUACAUCAGGCAUUACUUUGUUUUGAUUAUGAUUCAGAUGAGAGUAAUGAAGUCAAGGACUUGUUGCUUCAGUGUUUUAUGAGUGUAAAACACAUUAAGAAAGAAGAGGGAAGAAGACUCUUGAGUUUUUUGUUCAGCUGGAAUGUAAACUUCAUUAAAAUGAUACAUGGAACUGUUAAAAACCAAUUACAGUUCUUUCCAAGAUUCUUGAUGGAAUACAUUUCAGAAGUUUACUUCAGGGCCUGGAAGAAAGUGUCAGGAGAAUUCAUAGAGAUACUUGAAUACAACUGCAUUCAGGAUUUCAUGCAUCAUGGAAUUCAUCUUCCUAGAAGUUCUCCUGUUCAUUCUAAAGUUAGAGAAUUGCUGUGUUAUUUUCAUAAGCAAAGUAAAGUUCGUCAAGGAGUUGAAGAAAUGCUCUAUAGAUUGUAUCAGCCUAUCCUCUGGAGAGCACUGAAGGCCAGAAACAAAGAAGUUCGAGCAAAUGCAGCAUUUUUGUUUAUUGAUGCUUUUCCUAUUCGUGAUCCCAGUUUUACUGCUGAAGACAUGGACAGUGAAAUUCAGAAACAGUUUGAAGAACUUUUUAAUCUCUUAGAGGAUCCUCAUCCAGUUGUCCGCUCUACAGGGAUACUUGGAGUUACUCAGAUCACAUCCAGAUACUGGGAGAUGAUUCCUUCAACAAUUCUUGCUGAUCUUUUAAAAAAGAUAACUGGAGAGCUGGCAUGUGAUAUAACAUCUGCUGAUGUUCGAUGCUCUGUUUUUAAAUGCCUACCAAUAAUUUUGGACAACAAACUAAGUCACCCACUCCUGGAACAGCUCCUGCCUGCAACCAAACACAGUCUUCAUGACAAUUCUGAGAAAGUGAGAGUGGCUUUUGUGGAAAUGCUGCUCAAAGUGAAGGCUGCCAAGGCUGCUAAGUUCUGGAAUAUCUGUCCCAUGGAGCAUCUCCUGUCUCGCCUUGAAGCUGAUUCUCGGCCGGUGUCCCGGCGCAUCGUGAACCUCCUGCUGAACUCCUUCUUCCCCACCACCCAGCCCGAGGAUGUGUGGUGUGAGCGCUGUGUCACCCUCAUCCAGAUGAAUCCAGCAGCAGCCAGGAAGUUCUAUCAAUAUGCUUGUGAAUUUACUGCCCCCACCAAUAUAGCUAAGUUGAUGCUCACUAUUCGGCGCUGCUUGAAUGCCUGCAUCCAGAAAUCAAUGAAAGAGAGUCUUAAUGAUAGUGAGGAUGAUGAUGAUGAUGAUGAAGAAGAUGGAAGUGAAAAGGAGAACAGCAGUGUGUUGGAUAAUGUGCUGUCAGUAAAUGAUGUGGCCAGCAUGGCAAGUUUGUUGGAGAUCACUGUAAUACUCUGGAGAAGUAUCCACAAAGCACUAGAUCACAAUGAAGAUGCCAAAGAUUAUGCUAUCAGGAAGUUUGCUUCUGUACUUCCUGAAUAUUUUAAAGUAUUUCAGGAUGAGCGGUGCAUGACUCCAUUGGUUAUUCUGGCAUCCUUUAUGCCCCCUGCUGCUAUUCCUACAUUCAGCUGUGGUGUGGUUUCCAGACUCAGAAAUACUGACACUGGAGCUGACCAAAGCAAAUACUCUGUCCUGGUUGACUGCCUGUGCAGCUGGGGUCAAGUGGGGCACGUCAUGGAAUUAGCCUGCGACUGGCUGGCUGACUCUCUCACCCCUACAAAGAAUACUAGAACAUCUAAGCAUCGAGUACGUAUCCAAGUAACACAUGAAUCAAAGCCCGACUUAGCAAUUGAUUACAUUGAGUAUUUAUUGACUCAUCCUGUCAAUCGUGGUUGCCUCCUUUCUGUUCCUAAAAAGAAACUGAAGAAGCUUUUGAAGAUCCUCGGUGCUGCAAAGAGGGUUCUUAACUCAAUUCUGAAAGGAACGGAUUCUGGUGGCUGGAAUCAAGCAACUAGCCUAAGAGCCUUCAGCCUCUUUUGCAGACUGAGUAUUCAUCUUCAGGACAAGUUUUCUGAAGAAGGAGAAGAUUACCUUUCACUUCUGAAGGAGACGGGUGCUUGGAUAGAAAAUCAAGUUGUACCUUUUAUACUAGCAAGUGAUCGAGAGGAUUGUGUUUCAAAACACAGUGAUGUUUCUGAAUUAAUUAUCCAGGCCUACCUGACCGUGUGUAAAGAUGUCAUAAUGGUGGGCCUGGGAAAUCUCUCGUUUCAAGCACACCUUUUAGAAAUGGCUCUUCUGAUUAUGCAAACAGGGAGAGGUGGCUUUUGUGCUCCAGUGUUGCUGUGUGUUCUAAAAGAAAUCAUUGAAGCUUCUUUAAAUCAGAAUACUGAGACAGAGGAAGUGACAAAUCUUUUCCACGCUCUACAGAACAUCUUUCAGAAAAUUUUAGAGUGUGUGGCACAGGGACUUAGGAAAGAACAGGAAAAAGGGAUUCAGUUGAUUCAGUCUAUUCAAAUGCCUCUUGGAGAAUUCAUCCAUACACUGCAGUGCUGGCAUUCCUCAUUCCCAGCAGUUCACCAGGGUGUACUCUCCACUCUCUUGGCUGCAAUAGUAGCAGAGAUAAAUUGUGUGCUACAGAAGGUUUCCAGUGAAGAAGAUUUGACCAUGCCAAAGACUAUUUCAGACCUUCCCCCUCUUUCAAGCUGUUUAAUGACUGUAAUUACAAAGUCAGUUAAUGUUGUCAGGUCAAUUUUAAAUGAAUUAAUGGAGUGCAUUCUCUCUGAAGAAAUUGAAGGGAUUUUUAGUCUAACAGCUACUGUCUGCAUUGUGAUUAUAAUUAAAGGUAAGCACAAAACUUCACUUCUAAAGGAUAUUGCACCUGCCAUUCAAAGGAGACUGAUAAUAUGCAAGGAUGCUGCCACAGGAGAAUCCAGCAGCACUGAAAGAUUGCUGUGUGAAUCAUCUCUGAAAAUUUUGGAUGAGUUUUUGAAUCCUUGACCACGCAGAAGCUUUUGUCGUGAAAACUGAGGGAAGAUGUAUUGCUUUUUGAAAAACGUACCUUGUAAACUUGUGAAUUGUUUAAGAUUGUUUUCUAUUACUCUGUACAUUUCAAGCAAGCAAAUUGUAUAAAAGUGUAUAUAGAAAUUACAUAAUAGUAAAUAUUUUUCAACAGCUACAGAGGUUAUUCUGUAUAAAAAUGUCUUCUUGGGGGGAAUGUAAAAUCAGUAUUUUUUAUCUUUGUUUUUGUAAAACAAAUAAUAAUUGUAUCAUAGAUACUUUUGAGACUGAGGUCACACGUAACCCUGGGAGGACUAGAGCAUAUUCCUAGGGGUUAUGGAAAUUAAUCUUAUUCUGAGAUAUGUGAGGGUCAAAAGGGUGAUUGGGAAUAGCCAUCAUGGCUUUACCAGGGGCAAACUCUGCCUGGCCAGCCUGAUUUCCUUCCCUUUGGUAGAAGAAGAGAGAGCACUGCAGGUCCUGUUUCCUAUCCUUGGCAAAGAUAUUUACACAGUCUUAUACAGUAUCCUUACAGCCAAACUGGAGAGAGAUGGGAUGGAUAGGUAUGAAAAGAGGAGUGGGAAACUAGCUGGAGCAUCAGUGGAAGAAUAAUCUGCUAAGGGAUGAGGUUGGCAGCUGUGGCUGUGGCACUGCUGAGGGCAGGCCCUGCUGCCAGGGCUGGUUGGUUGACAGGGUGAGCAGCAGCCUCGGACUGAUGGCAGAUGACAGCAGCUGGGAGCCACAGCUGGCACCAAGGGGCAUCUCCUGAUGUUCAGAGACCUGGACCUGAUGGACAAAUCCUGCACCACCGACAGGCACCUGCAUGAGGGCAGCUUCUUGCUGCCUCACCUGCCUGCAGGAGGAUAAAGGCAAGACUUUCCUCAGAGAUGAAUGGA